AUGAGGAUGUUGAGGACUACAUUGCUGGAGAGCAGAGAUGAGCUACAGGUUCAAAGGACAGACUCGAAUUCUCCGCUGUAUUCUGUCAAAACAUUUGAAGAGCUCGCGCUUCGUGAAGAACUGCUCAAAGCGAUCUACAAGAUGGGCUUCCACAGACCGUCUAAGAUACAGGAAACUGCUUUGCCAACCCUCAUGGCCAACCCUGCGACCAACAUGAUCGCUCAGUCACAAUCAGGAACUGGCAAGACAGCAACUUUUCUUCUCGCUUCCCUCAGUCGGCUGGACGAGACCCUCGAUCACCCGCAAGUUCUGAUUCUGAGCCCAACCUUCGAGCUCGCGAGACAAACUGCCGCUAUCGCACAACAAAUGACACAAUUUUGCCCGGGAAUCGGGGUCAGGUUCGCGAUCAGAGGACAGACGCUGCUCCCCGGGACGAAGAUUCAGGAACAAAUAGUCAUCGGUACCCCCGGGAAGAUCCUCGAUUGGGCUCUGAAGUUUCGUUUCUUCGACAUCUCGAAGAUCAAGGUCUUCGUGCUCGACGAGGCCGACGUGAUGCUCGCGGGAGGUGGCCAUCACGACCUGAGUAUUAGAAUUCAUCGGCAGCUUCCUGCCGACUGUCAGAUGAUGCUAUUUUCAUCGACUUAUGACGAAGAAGUCGUUGAAUUCGCGAAUUUGAUGGUACCAGAGCCCUGUAUCAAGAUCACAUUGAAGCGCGAAGAACAGUCACGAGGGAACAUCGAACAGUACGUCAUGCACUGCCCAGAUGUCGAGAGUAAGAUUCGCGCUCUCGUGAACAUCUACAGCUCCUUGUCGGUUGGGCAGGCUGUUAUUUUCUGCCACACGAAACCAGGAGCUGCACAAAUUGCCAGGACCAUGAUGCUGAUCGGACAGAGGGCCGCGAUCCUGACUGGGGACCUCGAAAUCGACGAGAGAAUUCGUGUUCUCGGACGAUUUCGAGACGGUCUCGAUAAGGUCUUAGUGACCACCAACGUGUGCGCGAGAGGUAUCGAUAUCCAGCAGGUCUCGCUGGUCAUCAACUUCGAUCUCCCGGUCGAUUACAGGGGCGAACCCGACUUCGAGACGUACUUGCACCGGAUAGGGCGCACUGGACGUUUCGGGAAGACUGGCGUGGCGAUCAAUUUCGUCGAUCCCAACUGCAGUCGGGAUCUGCUCAACAUCGACAAGAUACAAGAGCACUUCAAACGGAACAUAAAGUUCCUCGAUUUCGAGGACUUUGAGCUCUUGGAAAAAAUCGGACGGCAGUAUUGA